ACGGGGCAGCAGGGCGCGUUAUGACUAACGAGAAGACGACCCGACUUCUCUUCGUAAAAUUGCUGAGAUGUGAAGCUCAUUUCUCGAAAGAAAAACUCAUAAGCCAUCUCUUCUCUUCUCUUCUCUUCUCUUCUCUUCAUUCGCUCUGUUUCGCUCUGUUUUCCGGAGGUUGUAUGGUUGAUCUUGAUCGAUUGCAGUUAACGAAAGAAAAUGGGGUUUGUCUUUUCCAAGAAAGUUGAAGGAGUCGUUGAAGGCGCUGAAGGGUCGAGACGGAGAAGGCCGGCAGCCGUGGCCAUAAACAGUGAGCCGAACUCUGUCCUUUCCAAGAAAGUUGAAGGAGUCGUUGAAGGCGCUGAAGGGUCGAGAAGGAGAAGGCCAGCAGCCGUGGCCAUAAACAGUGAGCCGAACUCUGUCCUUUCCAAGAAAGUUGAAGGAGUCGUUGAAGGCGCUGAGGGGUCGAGAAGGAGAAGGCCAGCAGCCGUGGCCAUAAACAGUGAGCCGAACUCUGUCCUUUCCAAGAAAGUUGAAGGAGUCGUUGAAGGCGCUGAAGGGUCGAGACGGAGGAGGCCAGCAGCCGUGGCCAUAAACAGUGAGCCGAACUCUGUCCUUUCCAAGAAAGUUGAAGGAGUCGUUGAAGGCGCUGAAGGGUCGAGAAGGAGAAGGCCAGCAGCCGUGGCCAUAAACAGUGAGCCGAACUCUGUCCUUUCCAAGAAAGUUGAAGGAGUCGUUGAAGGCGCUGAGGGGUCGAGAAGGAGAAGGCCAGCAGCCGUGGCCAUAAACAGUGAGCCGAACUCUGUCCUUUCCAAGAAAGUUGAAGGAGUCGUUGAAGGCGCUGAAGGGUCGAGACGGAGGAGGCCAGCAGCCGUGGCCAUAAACAGUGAGCCGAACUCUGUCCUUUCCAAGAAAGUUGAAGGAGUCGUUGAAGGCGCUGAAGGGUCGAGAAGGAGAAGGCCAGCAGCCGUGGCCAUAAACAGUGAGCCGAACUCUGUCCUUUCCAAGAAAGUUGAAGGAGUCGUUGAGCUGAACGACAUAGUCUUCUCGUGGUCCAUCGAAGACAUCUCCAACGGAAACCUCUACAAGAACCAGGUGUGUGAGAUACCAGAGAGAUUUCCUUCGGUGGAGAACUAUCUCGGGUCAUUCGUGUACCCUUUGCUGGAAGAAACGCGAGCUGAAAUAUACUCUGGAAUGGAGGGGAUCUCUACCCUACCUUAUGCCAGAGUCAUGCGAUUCGAGGAGUGCAAGCCCUAUGGGAAGAACUUUUUUGAAGUUAAGGUCGAUUCCUGGAGAAACAGAUCGAGCAAGCGGGGGAAGGAACCAUACAAGAUGUUGCCUGGAGACGUAUUGAUUUUAACUGAUUCAGUACCGAAAACAGUUUCCGAUCUGCAGAGGAUGGGCAGGAUAUGGCCAUUUGCAUCUGUUACUAAAAUCUCCGAUGACAAGAGUGAAGGAGAUUUCGCAUUGGUAGAUUUUAAAGUAGUCACAGGGAAGAAAAUGGGAGAUAUAAACUUGAAAGAGAGGCAGUUAUUUGCGAUUUCAUUGUGUGUGAACUUGACUACUAACAUAAGGAUAUGGACGGCUUUGCACUUGAGUCGUAACUGGAAUGUCCUAAAGGAAGUUUUGUGCACUCAUUCUUCGGGUGAGGAGGAAUGCAGUCUCUGCACUGUCCAGAGUGAUGACUUUUGCAGAGAGAAUCUCAAGGGGAAGUUAUUGAACGAUCUGAACGAGAGCCAAGCGGAAGCAAUCCUUACAUGUCUUCGUAAGAUCCGCUGUCAGCGUAAGCCAGUGCUGGAACUCAUAUGGGGCCCACCAGGCACCGGGAAAACGAAAGCGACUGCUAUUAUGCUCUUGAACCUCCUAAGAAUGAAGUGCAGGACUGUUGUCUGUGCCCCCACCAAUGUUGCUGUAACUGAAAUUGCCUCCCGGGUGGUACACCUCAUGAGAGGGUCAGCUUCCUUAGGAGAUGUUCUUCUCUUCGGAAACAAGGAGCGGCUCAAGGUGGAAGGCUUGGAAGUUGAAGACAUAUGCUUGCAUAAUCGUGUUAAGAGAAUCACAGAAUGCACUGCCCCGACAACAGGGUGGAAGUAUUGCAUAUCUUCUGCAAUAACCUUUCUCAGUGAUCCUCUUCUUCAGUACAAUAUUCCAUCGGGAGAGAAACUCUGUGAGAGAAAAUCGCUACUCGAGUUUUUGAGGGAGAGAUUCUUGGAUAUUGUGAAGCCUCUCAAGAGAUGCUUCUAUACCUUGUGUACUCAGAUACAUGCAAGUUAUGUACCGAAGCAUAUCGUUCAUAAGAUCACAGAGCUUCUUGGCCAUCUCGAAUCAUUCAGUGAUUUAUUAUCUGGAGAGAAUUUGGUUUUCUUCUCUCAAAGAUUGGGGGAGGCAUUUUCAUGCCAAUCGAAGGACAAGUGUUUGGCCGGAGCUCUAACAGGCCCCUUGUCUAUGCUAUACUUGAAGAGAUCUGAGUGCCUCGCUGCCUUAAAAUCGGUUCAGGAUUCUCUUAACAGGUGGGAGAUCCCUUCCUUUAAGAGUGAGUACAAGAUAAAGGAGUUCUGCUUUCAAUCGGCUUCUUUGAUUUUUUGCACGGUCUCCACAACUUUCAAGCUGCACUCUCUGGAUAUGAAGCCGCCACAGUUGUUGGUGAUCGAUGAAGCUGCUCAGCUGAAAGAAUGUGAGUCGGUGAUUCCACUCCAACUUCUCGGACUUAGACAUGCUAUACUUAUUGGGGAUGAGUGUCAAUUACCUGCUGUUGUAAAGAGUGAUGUUUCAAAAGAGGCCCGUUUCGGUCGAAGUUUAUUUGAGAGAUUGAGUUCCCUAGGAAAGCUGAAGCAUCCACUCAAUGUGCAGUACAGAAUGCACCCAUCAAUAAGUUGCUUUCCAAAUCAGACAUUCUAUGACGGCCAAAUUCGCGAUGGCCCAAAAGUAACGCAUGAAAGUUACUCAAAGCAAUAUCUACCGGGGCUGAUGUUCGGCUCAUUUUCAUUCAUAAAUGUUUCUGAGGGAAGGGAAGAGCGCGAAGUUAAUGGAUCAAGUCUGAGAAACCCUGUAGAGGCCGAUGUCGCUGCUCAGAUUUUGAGAAAUCUUUAUGAAGCAUGGAGCUUGUCAUUGAAGGAGAAUCUCAGUGUCGGGAUAAUAUCACCUUAUGCUGCUCAGGUUGGAGCGAUUAGUGAAAGGCUUGGCAAGAAAUAUGAAUAUUCUGAUGGCUUCACGGUCACUGUAAACUCAGUGGAUGGGUUCCAAGGCAGAGAGCAGGACAUAGUUAUCUUAUCCACUGUAAGAUCGAACCACCAGGGAUCUAUUGGGUUCUUGGCUAACCCAAAUCGAACGAAUGUUGCUCUAACCCGUGCAAGAUACUGUCUUUGGAUUCUGGGGAACCAAAGAACUCUGCGGGGGAGUUCAACAGUGUGGGAAGCAUUGGUUUACUAUGCUAUCGAUCGUCGGUGUUUCUUCAAUGCAGAUGAUGAUGAAGGAUUAGCAAAGACGAUCUUGAAAGCUAAGACAAAGUACAAUCAGCUCGAUGAUUUGCUCACCUCAUGCAAUGUACUCUUCAGAGAUGCGAAGUGGAAGGUCAUUUUAGGAGAGGAUUUCCGUCAGUCUUUCCGGAAGUUGGCGUCGAGCCGCACAAGGUCAUCAGUGAUGAACCUUCUCAUGAAGCUCUCUAGUGGGUGGAGACCCAAGCGGAAAGUUGUCAACUUAAUCUGCAAGAGCUCCUCUCAGAUCGUAAAACAAUUUAAGGCUGAGAACCUCUAUAUCUUAUGUACAGUGGACAUUGAGAAGGAAAGCGAAUACACCCAAAUCUUAAAGAUAUGGGAUGUAUUGCCCUUGGAAGAUACUGCAAAAACAAUCGAACAUCUCGAUGGUAUAUACAUGAGAUUCAGUGAUGAAUAUGUCAGUCGUUGCAAGGAGAAGCGUUUCGAAGGAGAUCUCCAGGUUCCAAUUUCUUGGGAGACUCCAUUUGAUUUUUUCCGUCGGGGAGAUUCUUUGGGCGAAAAUAGUGAAGGUGCUAAAGAUUCUCAACUGUACACAUAGCGUUCAAAGAUGGGAAUAAAGUGGCGCUCCCAUUCGAAGUGACUAAGGAAUAGUGUUGGAGAUGGAUCAAAGCUGAAGGUUGUCCAGCAGAAGGCAGACUUCAAGUUUCGAGUUGUUUUGGAAGACAGUCAAGGAUUAUGCAGAAGACAAACUAGUUUUAUGUGUUUUAUUUCAGUUGUUUAGUUCCUGGUUUGUAGGGAUGUUAAAAGCGUAUUUGACAGUUAUCAAGAUGUAUUGACAGUUACUUUUACUGUCCUUUAUGUUUUUCAGUUUUUCUAUGGUGUAAAAAUAACUUUGCAGACAAGUUAAUGAAAAUGUGCGUUUUUCCUUCAA